AUGGAAGACAUCCACCGCUGGAAGGAGAUCAUCGAGGACAAGUCCUCGAGCCUAAAGGACUAUGUCGAGGACAAGGUUGCUCAGGCGCCGAGCCUGCGCGAGCUGGCUCCGAGCCUGCGGGAAAUGGCGCCUUCCAAGCAGGAUCUUCUCCGGCGGCUCGGAUCGAUCUGCGGCGUGAGCGCGGACGACGACGACGCGGUUCUAAACCGGCAGCGCCUCAUACUCGAAGAGGAGGACCUGCCGCUCGAGGUGCCAGCCUACUCGCGCUCCGCUUACGUGUCGCCCGCACUGCCGCCAUCGCAGAGCGGCCAGGCUGGCCAGGCCGGGGCCGCGCCGGUGACCGCGCCCGUCGCUGCAGUUUGCCCCGCGCAGCCUCGGCUCGACCGAUCCGCAGCCUCGCCCUCCAAGGCAAACGGCAAGCGCAAGGCGGUCAUCGCCGCGCCGGCCGCCGCGAGCAGCAGCGCAUUGGACGAGGCGAGACCGUCCGCCAGCGGUGCGGCCGCGCCGCCAGUCGGGGCGGCCGCCGCCGCAGCGAGCUUUCCGACGGAGCGGCCGCGGGCGGUGGCGGCCGGCGCGAGCGCUGCCAACGGAGAGGCCAACGGGGGGCAAAGGGAAGAGGGGGUGGAGAGCGAGCUGGACAGCAUAAUGGCGCAGGUGGCCUUGCUGGAGGAGCAGGGGAGGAUGGUCGAGGCCUCCUCGCUGAUGGCGAGUGCUUUGGCGCGGGCUGGCCAGUGA